UUCGACGUGAGCGGACGUUUUGAGCGCGUGUGCCGUGCCGCAGAUAACUAAACAUCGCAGUGCUAUCACAUAUCACCAGAAAAAAAAUACAAAUCGAAACGAAUCAAAUACAUUACUUCACAGUUAAACGACAACAACAAAAAAAGAACCCCCGCCCAAAACAAAAUUGAAAUCACAACAAGUUGAUAAGUGCCAAAACAAAAAUCAAUACCGAUCGCAUACAAUGCAGCGCCCCAAAAAGUGCUCAGAACUGUGCUGAACAACAAAAAAAAAAACAAACAUCAAAAAUCUAUUUUAAAUUCAUAUAUAUCUAUGUGUAAUCGAAUCGAAAAUGCCAGCCGAACAAAUCGCUAAAAUGGCAGCUAAAGCCGGAGAAGCUACAAAUAAAUGGAUUAAGACCCAGCAGACAGCAACGCCGCUGUUAACGAUUCUGCUGCUCUUGGCCACGUUUAGUCAGCUGCCAACUGCGAGUGGCAGCAGCAGCAGCAUUAGCAGCCUGGAUGGAGCAUCCUCCAGUCUCCAGGACAAGGAUCCGCUGCGGGAGACCAGCAUGAACAUGAUCCAGCGCAACUACAUGGUGAUGCACUCGGCCAGCGGAUCCGGGGACCACAGUCGCUCCUUGAAACGCGCCGUCCUGGCCAACUCGAGCAUCACCUGCAACGACGGCACCCAUGCCGGCUACUACCUGCGAAAGCAGCCCAGCUCCAAGAAGUGGAUCGUCUUCCUCGAGGGCGGCUGGCACUGCUUCGAUCUGAGGUCCUGCCGCGCCAGGUGGAUGCGACUGCGCCACCUCAUGACCUCCUCGCAGUGGCCCGAAACGAGAGAUGUUGGAGGCAUCCUGUCUCCCCAUCCGGAGGAGAAUCCCUACUGGCACAACGCCAACCACGUGCUCAUCCCGUACUGCAGCAGUGACUCGUGGUCGGGAACGCGAACGGAGCCGGAUACCCGGGAUCCGGAGAACAGUUGGAGGUUCAUGGGAGCACUGAUCCUGCGUCAGGUGAUCGCCGAACUGAUUCCGGUGGGAUUGGGACGAGUGCCGGGUGGAGAACUGCUCCUCGUAGGCUCCUCAGCCGGAGGUCUGGGUGUAAUGCUCAAUUUGGAUCGCAUCCGAGAUUUCCUCGUCAACGAAAAGAAACUGCAGGUUACUGUGCGAGGUGUGAGUGAUUCGGGUUGGUUCCUGGACAGGGAACCUUACACGCCGGCGGCCGUGGCCUCCAGUGAGGCAGUGCGUCAGGGCUGGAAGCUGUGGCAGGGUCUGCUGCCCGAGGAGUGCACCAAAGCGCAUCCCACGGAGCCAUGGAGGUGUUACUUUGGCUACAGGCUAUAUCCCACAUUGAAAACUCCCCUUUUCGUCUUCCAAUGGCUUUUCGACGAGGCCCAAAUGCGAGCGGAUAAUGUUGGAGCACCCGUGACCCCACAGCAAUGGAACUUCAUCCACGAGAUGGGUGGUGCUCUGAGAUCCUCGCUGGACAAUGUGAGUGCCGUGUUUGCACCCAGUUGCAUAGGCCAUGCGGUCUUGUCGAAAAGGGAUUGGGUGAAUAUCAAGAUCGAUGAUAUAUCGCUGCCCUCGGCUUUGCGCUGCUGGGAGCACUCGACGCGUCGCAAGCGGCACGACAAGCUGAAACGCUCGACGGAGCCAUCGACGGCGGUCACCCAGCUGCCGCCGCAUGCCAAUGGCCAGCGGCACCAGCGGCACCGUCAGCGGCAGCACCGCCAGAAGCAGAAUAACGUGGCCCAAACGGGCGGCCAGCGGAAACACAAUCACCUCAGCAAGGAGGAGCGGGAGGAGCGGAAGCGGGUGCGGCAGGAGCAGCGACAGAGGCGGAAACAACGCCGGCGACAGCAGCACAAGAAGGCCAAUGGAGCGCUGGAGGGCAGGAAUAAGAAGAACAAUAGCCCCAAGUCGAAUAAUGGUAAUGAUCGGGAGAUGCGGAAACAGCGACGUCGUCAGCAAUUGACACCUGAGCAGAGGCAGGAGCAACGCAAGCGACGCCGCAAGGCGCAGCAGCAGCAGCAGAUGCAGAUGCAGCAGGAGCAACCAGGAGCUGCCAAUGUUGUCCUGGAGACGGGGGAACCCCCCCAGAAGACACGCUCCUCGAACAACGCCUCCGCCUCCAAUGGCAACAGCAAGGCCAAGAAACGGCAACGAGUUCCACGAGUGCCGGAAAAGUGCGGACUGCGACUGCUGGAGCGCUGCAGUUGGCCGCAGUGCAACCACUCCUGUCCCACGCUCACCAAUCCCAUGACCGGCGAGGAGAUGCGCUUCCUGGAGCUCCUCACCGCCUUCGGUUUGGACAUCGAGGCGGUGGCCGCCGCCUUGGGCGUCGACAUGCACACCCUCAACAACAUGGAGCGCACCGAGUUGGUCAACCUGCUCACCCAGCAGGCCAACUAGACUCACCAAAUACCCUGUAAAUUGGGGUGGAUCCAGAAUAGUGACCAAAAUCGUAGGGGUAAUGUGUAGAUACUUUAGGCUUUUAUCUUAUAUAUUUUUCAGGGGCAUGCCAAACAUUUCUUAAGUCCUUACUUUGGUGUCCUUUAUUAAAAUAGUUAAAACAAAUUAUUAGUUACCAGGUUAAAACACACAUUAAAAAAAAAAAUCAAUAGGCCUUUGAAUUAUAUAAUUUUUUAAAUUUGAUUUUCUUUCUUUUAAAGUACUUAAUUUUUUUUAUUACAAAAUGAGACAUCAUAAAAUCCAAGUGAAUACGAUAAAGUGUACAUCCCUACGAUUUGUUAGCUUUUUGGGGGUCUAAAUAUAAGUCGACCCACCCUACUGUAAAUAAGUGGCCUGUAUAUAUAGUUUGUAGGUGGGGCCGCUCUGUAAAUAUUGCAUAACACCACCCCAAAACACACACACACACUCACAUAAGUGGAGAUAGCUCCAAUUCCUAGAACACACCAAGAAAAAGACAUGCGCAUAGUACCCAGUAAUUAAGCAGAAUUUAUUUAUAGUCCUACUCGAAAUGCAACUCGUAUUCGUAUUCACAUUCACAUUCGCACGCCACAUAUUUAUUCAUUCGCAUUCUGCAAUCACAAUCACAGAAAUGAAAUCUGCUUAACGAGAAACUAAACACAAAUGCAACCACAAGACUGUUUUUAUGUUUUUUUUAUAUAUAUAUAUAUGUAUACUGAUAAUAAUAGCAUAGUUUACAUAGAUAUGCUUAAUAAUCGUAACUGUUUAUGUAAUUUAUUUGAUAAUUUUAUGGCCCGUUUAGGAUUGUACUUUUGUGUGGAAUCUAGACUGUUUCAAUUGCCCCACGCAAUGUUUAUUUUUUUAUUUUUUUUUUUAUACAUUGUAUUAUACCUACCUCAGAUCAGUAAGAAUGAAAUUGAUUAACAGCUGCCUUCACAUAAAUCAUUGCGUACCUGUGCAACGAAAAUCAAAUACUUAACUUAAUACCGCCCGCAUUCCGUUAAUGAAAAAAUAAAAAAAACAAAGAAUACAACAGCACAAAAACAAAAAUAAACAUAAAUAUUAAACAAAUGCGAAAAUAGCUAACCAGAAGCGAAGUGAACAAAUCGAAUAAAUAAUUGUAGCAAUGUUUGUAAAGAAUUUCUAGAUAAACGAGAAAAAUCGCACAAAAAUAAACUAUUUAAAACUAGUAAUUUAUGUUAAGCCUGUACAGAACUGGUUGAAGUUUAGCUUUAAGAAUUGUUGUACUUAAACUUAGUGAUAAUCAUAAACGUAAUGCAAUUUCCAAGCUUGUUAGCUUUUGUUAGCGUUGUUCAAAUAAGCUGGUUAUCAUUUUCAAAAGAUGAAAUCGACCAAUAUUUGAAGAAGAA